AUGCUCAAAGCCAUCAGAGCCUUUGUGCUCAUCUCGGCGGUCGCCACUUUUCUCAGCGUUCGUGCUGUUCCUAAGGUUUCUCGUGUUGGACGGUACUUGUACAACGCGGAUGGCUCUCGCUUCUACAUCAAGGGAAUCGCUUACCAGGAACAAGGUUCGUUUACCAACAGGACUGUCGUUGCUUCGGCUGACAACCCGUUUGGCGAACCCUCCAGCUUUAUAGACCCCCUCGCACAGGGGGAUGCCUGUGCCCGAGAUAUACCGUUCCUUUCUGCCCUCGGCGUGAAUUCUAUCCGUGUCUACAGUGUCAAUUCAUCCUUGAACCACGACGCUUGCAUGAAUGCGUUCAGUCAAGCUGGAAUUUAUGCUAUUAUCGAUCUCGCUCUACCACUGAAUGGCUCCAUCGAUCGCGUUUCACCCUCUUGGUCUACAAAUCUUCUCAACCAGUACAUUGCGACUAUUGAUGUGUUCAGCAAAUAUGACAACGUCCUGGCUUACAAUGUUGGCAAUGAAGUUGUUUUACAAGAUGGCACCGGCAUUGCUCCAUUCGUCAAAGCGGCUGCGCGAGACAUAAGGGCAUACUUGUCGGCCAAGGGAUCAUCCGCACUUGUCGGUUACGCAGCUAUCAACGGUGCGGCCAAUUGGAGAGACGCCCUAGCCAAUUAUCUAUCCUGCGAUCCUUCGAGCUCCAACUCUGGUGCGACUGCCAUUGAUCUUUACGGGUUAAACGAUUAUGAAUGGUGCGGAGAUUCAACCUUUCAGGCGUCCUAUGCUGGCACCACAGGUGAUUAUGCUGGCUACAACGUUGCAGCCUACUUUAGUGAAUUCGGUUGCAUUACUUCGCCUCCCCGUUUGUGGACGGAAUCCGGGGCAAUCUUCAGCUCUGACAUGUCUCCAGUGUGGUCAGGAGGUAUUGCUUUCUCGUACUUCCCCGCCACAAGCGCUCAGGGACAGUUUGGGAUGGUUACUAUUUCGGCUGACGGGAAGACUGUCACUACGAGCGACGACUACGAUAAGUUGAAAACCCAGUAUGGACUAGUUUCACCUCCAAACUCUCCUGCUCAAGCUUCUGUCACCGCUGCGGCUUAUCCAACAUGCCCAACAACGAACAGCACUUUUUUGGCGUCAAAGGUUCUUCCCCCCACUCCCAACCAGGCUGCUUGUGGCUGCUUGGAAAAUGCCUUGAGCUGCCAAUUCACACCACCAACAUCAAAUUACAGUGCCAUCGCCGGUACUCUUCUAGACACUGGUUGUAACCUUCUUGGACAGGCAGGUGGUUCUUGCUUGGACAUCGGCGGCAAUGGCACGACUGGUGUUUACGGGCGCGUCUCAGACUGUGACCCUGCCGUGAAACUGUCAUACGUGAUGAGCCAGUACUAUGAAGCGAACAAGCGAAACGCUCAAGCCUGUAGCUUCGCGGGGAACGGCACUGUCAAUCCUCAUGCGUCUUCCUCUGUUUCUGCCAUCGCUGUUGCGAGCUCUUGCAUCUCCAACCCCGGCGCUACGUUCGCCCCAACAGCCGCUGCAACCACUGGCGCACAUACUUCCACGUCGUCCUCUACAAAAGGGUCAAGUGCCAACAGUGCAGUUGGAAACACACAUGCCGUCGGUGGUUUGGUUGCGAUGACUUUUGUUGGACUGGCGAGUGUCAUGUUGGUAAUGGCCUAAAUUUCUCCCUAUUUUCUUGGAUUUUAUACCUUCGCGAACAUUGUUUAAUCAUAUUACGCACGGACCUUGUCGGACUCUGAAUAAUUGGAAUGCAUAUUCUUGUGUUUAUGUGUGUUUCAACGUGGUGGUUAAGACCAUCUAUCUUGAACCUUG